CCACUGGUAGGUUUCAGACGGGUUAACUAUUUCAUUCAUAUUUUAAUGAGUGAAUGAUAUUUAUUUCAAAAAACAGUGAUGUAAAUUGAAAAUAAAUAUUUUAAAAUUGUUUCUAAAAUAUUUAAAAUACUGACAGAUUAAGGCUAAAUGAUUCGUUUUUGUUCUGUUUGUCUGACCGUUUUAUUUACUUCGUUUGUGCAGCUACUUCAGUGUAAAGGUAUUAUUUAAAGGUUAAAAAUUUUGUUUAUCAUGAUACCUAUUAUGCUAUAAUAUACAACUUGAGCAGUGAAGUGAAGAUGAAGCAGCCCAUCGAACCAACUAAAGAAGAUUGUUGCAACAGUGGGUGUAACCCUUGCGUGUUCGAUGUCUAUGAACAACAACUAAAAUUAUAUAAAAAGUAUUUAGAAACUGGCGAAUUAUCUGGAGACAAAUCUGAAAAUGCCAUAUCCCAGCUGGAAUACACAAAUUUUAUUCUUGUAAAGAAAGUUAACCUAUGUGAAGCCCACAUACUUCUUCUAUUUAAGAGGUUAGAAGACAAGGAAAAUAAUAGUAAAGUUUGGUGGAGCCCGGGCACCCACUUUCUUGUAAAAUAUAUUUCUGAAGAGACACCAUGUACUCGUGCUUAUACUCCUUUGAAGCAUAGUGAUCAAUCCAACACCAACUGUGACUUCUCUGUGAUUAUAAAAGUUUAUGAAAAUGGCUUAGUUUCAAAGUAUUUAAAUGACCUAAGACUAGGAGAUUACACAUUAUGGAGAGGUCCUUAUGGUUCAUAUGAAGUUGUCCCAAACAAAUAUAACAGAAUCAUCAUGAUUGCUCAAGGUACUGGGAUUGCACCUUUUAUUAGUAUAAUUGAGAACAUUAUUAAUAAUGAUGAUGAUAUGACCAAAAUCACCUUAUACUAUUGUACGAAGAGUAUAGAUACCAUUUUGCUGAGAGAUGAGUUAUACCUAUUCCAAGAAUAUUGGAAUUUCUCAUACAAAAUAUUUAUAAGUAAUUUAGGGGAAAAUAGUAAACAUAAAUACAAGGAACCCAUUGUGAACCACAAAUUAAAACAAGAAGAUUUGUGUAGUCUCAAACCAUUCUCAUCUAAUGAUCAAUUUCUUUUAUGUGGUACAUCUCAAUUUAUGAUGGACAUGAAACAGUGGUUGACAAAUGAAGAUAAUUCUUUACAAAAUAUAAUACUGUUUUGA